GAUUUUUUUAUUAGAAUUAAGUUCCUGAAACUUCAACUUCAAUUCUCUCGUUCUUCUUCUCCAUCUUCAACUUACCACCCCCACACUCAAAACGACACCGUUUUCUUCAAUGGUUAAGGGUUUGCACAGCCAAAACCUUCCCGCCGAUGUAGCACAGGUCGUUGAUCAGCUUGAGCGCCACUGCUUGGCUCCUGAUGGAUCUCUCAUUUCCAAACCUCUCUAUAACGAUCUGCAACUUGCUAGAGAGGAAAUGUGUAGGGAAAGACUUCGUUACUUAGAAGCCAUGGCUAUAUAUUCCGAGGCUAUUGCAAUGGUAGAAGAGUAUCAUCAAGCCAUUUCUGUGUCUAGCAUUGGAGGAAUUAGAGAUACUGGAGGUCUUUAUCCGCAGUUCGGUUUGAGGAACUCUCCUCAGGUUUAUCAAACAUUAGAACAUCAAAUGGUUGUCGCUGAAGCGGCUCAACGAUUGAGACUACCUCUUAUUUCCAAAGAUGGAGAAGUUCGUGAUGAAGAAAUUGAAAAGCUAAGUGUAGUGUCUCGAAGCUCCCUUGACAGUACUAACACCAGUGGCGUGAUCAACUCAAGCAUGAAUUCUUCUAAUUAUACCACUCCAAGCAGCUCUAUUAGUGGGGUUAAUUAUUCUCUUUCUUCUAUGGAUCCAACGGAACCUGGAGUUGGCGGUGUUCCGAAUCGUUUUCUUGGAAUUACACCUGCUUAUCUGUGGCAAACCCAGCAUCAACAAACACCAUUAUCUGUGGAUAUGACAGAAUAUCGCAUGUCUCUCUCGCGUGAAGUAGAUGCUCGCUUGAAAAUGAAAUGCGAUAAGUUAUCAAAUGCCUUUAUAUUGGAUGACAAUGAUUCAUCAUCAUCUGGAAGUCAAAGUUCAACUUCACGGCUUCCUGAAAGGGUGAAGUUGUUGAUUGAGGAGAUUGAAAGAGAAGAAACAGCACUGAGGGAUGACCUUUAUUCUGCAGAUAGAAAAUUUGCUGAAUAUUAUAAUGUAUUGGAGCAGAUACUUGGGGUGCUCAUUAAACUUGUCAAAGAUUUGAAGUUGGAUCAUCAACAUAAAUAUGAUGAGUUGCAGAAAACAUGGCUUUGUAAAAGAUGUGAGACCAUGAGUGCAAAAUUGAGGGUUCUAGAAAAUGUUCUCCUCCUCGGAACGUACACAAAGGAGUCUAUACCUGCCCUUCAUAAGAUUAGGAAGUAUCUCGUUGAGGCCACUGAAGAGGCUUCUAUUGCAUAUAACAAAGCGGUUACUCGUCUGCGUGAGUACCAAGGUGUCGAUCCUCACUUUGACGACAUUGCAAGACAGUACCAUGACAUUGUAAAGAAAUUGGAGAACAUGCAAUGGACAAUCGACCAAGUUGAAAUGGAUUUGAAGCGUAUGUCGGAUAGUGCUACGACAUAGAAGUUUUAUGUUGUGUUCAUUUUAACACAGUUUGGUUGUGUAUAUGUGAAUGAAUGGUGUGCAAGGAAUGAUCUCUCUCUCUCUCUUAACCCUGCAUUUGUUUUGUUACUAAUUAUGAUAGAAAUUUGAAACUUCAUUCUAUAUA